CCUCAUCUCCUGAACUGCCUAACCUUCCUGCUCUGUUCUGGCACUGUUCAUGCCAGUAUACUAGCUAAAAGAACUUAUUCGACAAACAUUGUUCGCUCUACGCCUGCUCGACCUUUCGGGUUUCUCAACUCUUCUUGCGUGUGACCGUGUACUUUUGUUUAUCUUCGCAAAACAAACCCCACAACCACAGCUGGAUUUCCAGCCAAACUUGCAUAUUGAAGCAUCUGUCGGAAGGUUACCUGAAUUACAAUCUUAGGCAAAAUGACUCUCUACUACAGCCUUGUUUUCUGCCUGUUGGUGUUUGAGAUGGCGGUCUUCAUGGGCCUCAUCAUCCCUCUUCCAUUCACCGUGAAGAGGAAGCUCUUCGCUUUCAUUUCGGAAAGUCCGAUAGUAGCUAAAUUACAAUAUGGAUUAAAGAUCACAUUCAUCUUUAUCCUUAUCCUCUUCAUCGAUAGCGUCAACCGCGUAUACCGUGUGCAGCUGGAGCUGGCUUCUUUCGGCAAAGAGGGGGGCACCAUGGGCUUUCGCCACAGAGCCGCCGCUCUCGGUACCGAUCGUAUGGAAGUCCAGGCCCGCAAGUUCUACUCGCAGCGCAACAUGUACCUCUGUGGAUUCACCCUCUUCCUGUCUCUUAUCCUCAACCGCACUUACACCAUGAUCCUUGAUGUCCUCCGUCUUGAGGACAGAGUCAGACUCCUCGAGGGUGACAAGAAGGCUGGCGGUAAGGACUCCGCUCGUCUUGCACAGGCCGGUGAGAUUGGCGAAAUCGGCCGUCUCAAGGAGGAGCUCGCAGCCAAGGACCGUGACAUUGAGACCCUGAAGAAGCAGUGUGAGGGUCUCACCCGCGAGUACCACAAGCUUGGUGACGAGGUGUCUGGUGAGAAGGGUGAGGCUCCCAAGAAGGACCAGUAG